UUUUAUCGAGAGUGAUUUGAAGAAAAAAAUAGUUAAAUUACUUAUAAACAGUGAAUCUUCUGGUUUUUGUAUGGUAUAAAUUUAUAAAUGAGCAUUUAUGGAGUAUGUAGGAUAUCAAGGAAAAGAAAGAAAAAGGAAUAAAAGCGAAAAUCCACACCUUUUAGAAAUUUACAACUCAAAGUGAUUUUAUAAAGCCAUUUAUUCAAUCCAACAGAACAUUGAAGCAAAAUAUUCCAUUCUAAGAGUUGAUAACAUUAUUUAAAGUAACUGAACAUUGUGAAACAAUUGGCAAAGCUAACAACACUUUGUGUCAUCAUGUGAAUGCAUUGCGUCAUUGCAGCUAUUUUCAUCAUCUUCAUCACCUUAAAAAUUAAUAUUUGAAUAAAACGAAAGAAAUUAGAACGUGAAAUUUUAGAAACAAGAAGAAAAUUAUAAAAAAAAUUCAUCAUGCCACUACCAAAGCGGGUUAUUGAGCCGCUGUUUGUGGCUCGUUCAGUUUAUCAACGAAAUGAACUGCCAGGUGAUUUAGAAACUGUUACCAACACAACACUCACAAAUAUUAUGCGACAAUUGUCAUCACUUGCAAGACAUUCCGAAGAUCUUUUUGGGGAGUUGGCAAGGGAAACAAACAACAUGGCUGAUCGUGCGAAUUCACUUCAAGGAAGAAUUGAUCGGUUGUCGAUUAAAGUCACUCAACUUGAUAGCGAUGUGAAGGAAGUUCCAUUAAAGGACAUCACGAAGAAGAAAGCAUUCAAAAGCAUAACUCAAUUUGAUCAAGACAUCUUUUCUCGUGCCACAAUGCCAACAGCAAUGUUAGAAACUUAUCAAAUGUGCGAUAAACCGCCACCUUUAGAUAAGCUCAACAUUUAUCGUGAUGAUGGCAAAGAUGGGUUGAAAUUUUACACUGAUCCGAAUUAUUUCUUUGACUUAUGGCGACAAGAUAUUCUUCAGGAAACUGAAAAGAAGAUGAAUGAUCGUCACAAACAGAAACAUAAGCCUAAGUCAGAUACAACAGCUGCCGGUGGAAAGCGACAAAAUAAACGGGUAAGACAACCGACAAAUACACGAGAGAAGCAACGACAAAUUGCUAUCGGGCAUGGUGAAACUUUGAUGCCGAACAAUGUUAUUUAUCGCACUCCAAACUCGAUCAUUAAUCAACAACAUCAGCAACAAGAUGUGACGAUCUACAGUAGCACAGAUUAUUAUGAUGGACGACCAAAUCGUCCGAAUUCGAUCGAGUUAAGACGAAGUUAUCCUGAUGGAUCGGAUGGGUAUGCGCCAACAUCGCCAGGUUAUCAACAGCAAAUGAGUUAUCAACAACUGAAUGACGAUUCAGCUUAUAAUUCAUCGAUGUAUGGACAAGGACAACAAAUGGAAAGUCCUUACGCUCCUGGCACACCAUCAAGAGGUGGGAAGUUAAGACCAUCGCACCCACCGCCAGCACCACCAAGCUCCGGAUCUGGUGGAACUCCAAAUGUCUCAAAUGCAAACACACCAACAAGAGGUCGAAGCAUGUCAACAGGACGUGAUGUGUUGCCACCGCCACCACCAAUUCCAGAACUUUCGCCACCUCAUCAAAUGGGAGUCGCUAAUGGUGGCAUCUUAAGACAUCCUGGAAGAACUUCGAUGAAUCAACGCAAUGAUUCUCCUCAAAGAAAUGAUAUGAAUAAUCAUGUGAUGGCACAACUCAAUAGUCAGAUGAAUAACAUAAAUAUUAAUGAUCUGCCGCCCCCACCACCUGUUCCAGAUCAGUAUCACAUGUCACCACAGAAAAUUUCUACAUCGCCACCAAAUGCUCCGCCGCCAGCACCUCCGAUGGCACCACCACCACCAAUGCCUAAUGGAAAUCUUUCGAAUGGCAUUGGAAAGCCUGCAAAUAUCAUCACACCACAAUCAAACAGUCAUGCUGGUUUGUUGAAGGAGAUUGAGACAGGUAUUUCAUUAAGAAAAGUUGAACCACAACCGAAUCGAGUACCAAGUGGUGGAUAUAAUCAAGGAGAUUUGAUGCGUGAAAUUCGAGAAGGUAUAAAGCUUCGAAAAGUUGAGCAAUUACGAGACGAUAUUCGUCAUCAAAAGCAGUCGAAUCUUCAUGACGUUGCUUCGAUUCUUGCACGUCGUGUGGCAAUUGAGUUAACAGAUUCGGAAAGUGACAGCGAUGAAAGCGAUGAAGAGUGGAUGGAACCAAAUGAAACAUCCGCUUGAUAUAACGAGAAAGCGGAAAAGUCAAAGAGUGAUGGAAAGAAGAAAUAGUUUCUGCUGUUUCGAAGAAAGACUGGCGUAAUUGAAAGUGGUAAUGGAUAGAUAAGAAUUUGUUGAUGAUAACGCUCUGAAAAACACAUUAAUUUUCUUUUUUAUACUAAUAAAAUAAAUAAUCUUCACGAAAAUGUUUCGAUAGAAAAAGCACAUGUCAAAAGGAAACAAAAUAAUCUGAAAACAUUUUAAUAAUCAAGAAAUUUUCAAAAAGACAUUUUUAGUACAUGUUGCGAAACAUCAUGUUGCAUCUUAUGACGUUGUGUCAAUAUGCGACAUUGUUUCAUGUGUUGUGUUGUACAGCAUUUGUGUCUCCUUGUACUAAAUAAUUAAAAAACUUUUUACAUAUACCUAAAUUGUUUAGUCACCUCAUCUCUAUCGUAUCUUCCUUCGAUGUGUCAAAAAUAAAGAAAAGAAAAAGCUGCAUGCAUAAAUUAUCUACAUAGAUUAAAUAAUCACAGAAAUGGAAUAUCAUAAAGUACUAAUUAGCUACUCAAAAUUAUGCUUUGACUAAUGACAUGAAAAUUAAAACAAAUCAAUGCUUUAAAAGACAAAGAAAUUAUCAUUAAUUAUGGCACAAAAGUAGAGUUGAGUAAAGUACUGAAAGAUCACAGAGUUUUCUUCAUUACAAUUAUUGAUCGAUUAACUCACGACUUCCAAACUCAAACUCUGCACAAAUGAAAUUUGCAUUUAAUAUGAAAUAUUCGAUCGAAUUUUAAAUGAAAUUGAUGAUGACAAAAAUAAAAGAAAUUUUCAGUUUUUACGUAAAGCGUGAAUUUUGAAUAAGGGAAAUUUAACAGGCAGUUUAAUAGCAAAGUUGGAGUUGAAUUAUGUCAUUUCCUAUUCAAUAUUUCAUUCUAAAUAUUCGAAAAAAAGAACAAUAAUUAAUUCUGAAAAUUAUUAAUUUUUGUGACAUAACUUUUUUUAUCGCUCAGCUAAAUAAGCAUGUAACAAAAUAAACAACGAGUUAUUUAUAUUUUGCGCAUAAAAUAACAGGCAAUUUAUUGAAAUUUGCACUUUUUAUCACUCGAGAAGACUUUUGUAUCGUAAAAAGUGAUUUGCAUUCAUCUAAAGAAAAGAAAUGCUUCAAAUUAUGCAUGUAAAUAAACUUGAAUUAUAAUUACUUUAUUGUUUAUGAGUUUACAUAUGAUAAAUUCGAGAUUCUUCGAAUUACUAGAAAAUGUAAAAACAAAAUAAAAAUGCUUUAAUUGCGUUUCGUUUAAUGAAUUGUAUAAAAAAAGUUGAAAUUGUAGGAUUAAGCAAGUUUAUGGCAAGAAAAAGCUUUCAUGCGUUA